AAAACGUGAGAAAAUAAAACUAAUUUUUAGAACCAAAAAUAAAAAGAAAACGCAUUUGGGAUUUUUCUCAUAGUCAUCCCAAGUUCUUGGAACAGCCAGAUUCUUUUUCAUUAAUUAGUUAUAAUCGUCUCAUAAAGACAAAGAGGUUUCUAUCGGAUAGAAAAUGGGAGCAUAUAGAGCAGAAGACGAUUACGAUUACCUCUUCAAGGUGGUCUUAACCGGAGAUUCCGGCGUCGGAAAAUCUAAUUUGUUAUCUCGUUUCACCAGAAAUGAUUUCAGCCACGACUCACGUGCGACCAUCGGUGUCGAAUUCGCCACCCGUAGCAUCCAAUGCGAUGAUAAGAUUGUUAAGGCUCAAAUCUGGGAUACCGCCGGCCAAGAAAGGUACCGAGCCAUCACGAGCGCUUAUUACCGAGGAGCCGUUGGUGCAUUGCUUGUUUAUGACGUGACGCGUCACGUAACUUUCGAGAACGUCGAGAGAUGGCUAAAGGAGCUAAGGGACCACACGGACGCAAACAUUGUGAUUAUGCUCGUUGGUAACAAAGCUGAUCUUCGUCACCUUCGAGCCAUCUCAACUGAAGAAGCUAAGGCUUUUGCAGAGAGAGAGAAUACCUUUUUCAUGGAGACAUCUGCACUUGAAGCAGUGAAUGUUGAUAAUGCUUUCACCGAAGUUCUCACUCAGAUUUACAGAGUUGUUAGCAAGAAGGCUCUUGAAGCUGGAGAUGAUCCAACCACCGCUUUGCCUAAAGGACAAAUGAUUAAUGUUGGAAGCCGAGAUGAUAUCUCAGCCGUUAAGAAACCCGGUUGCUGCUCUGCAUAGACACACUUCUCACUUUUUUCUUGUAUUUUUAUAAUUCAACAUUAACAUUUUUCACUAUUUUCCUGCAAAUUUGUAUACAUUCCUGGAAUUAUCAGACAAACAAGGUUCACACUCAA